AUGUCUGACGAGCAGCGUCAGCAAUCUCUUGCUCGUCAAGUGGCUGCUUCGAACUACGAGAGACUGGAGAACUUCAACUUCUUGCUCUCUCGACACGAUCCAGCCGUGGCGAAGUCUCGACAAUAUUCCUUUGAUGCCGAUUCCGCAGCCCUGGCAUCGCUUCAGAACUUGAAUAUGGAGUACGACCAGACUGAAGGAAUGGGAGGAAUCUCCGUGAGUUCAUACGAUAGCAUCGAGGACGAACGCAGUCCCAUCGAUUUGAGAGGUUACCCGUAUCGCGGGGACAAAUCCAUCAACUACUCGCUGCCAGACCAGAUGCUGUCGUAUCCAGCUCAUCCGAUCUAUCCGCCCAUCUAUAGUGGCGAUGAACUCGGCCACCCCCCGGGGGCCAUGACCCCGUCGGAUGUUUCCUCGUCGAUUUCACCGCCCAACGGGCAGCUCGGCAACAUCAAGUACAGCACACCCGUCGCCGGCGAAUCCAUCGCUUCCGCGUUAGGUCAGGAAGAGGAACUGCGCCGCGCCGCCGAAGAGGAUCGCCGGCGCCGAAACACCGCCGCCAGCGCCCGGUUCCGCAUGAAGAAAAAGCAGCGCGAGCAGACUCUCGAACGGACCGUCCGGGAGACGACCGAGAAGAAUGCCUCGCUCGAGGCCCGCGUAGCGCAGCUGGAGAUGGAGAACCGCUGCACUGCCCUGAGCAGCAAGACUAAUGGGCUGUCUGGAAGCGGGCAAAAACAUAUCCAGCCAAAAAAGAAGGGCGUGGGAACUGAUAAUUAA